AAAUCAAAAUUGAAAAUGCCUGUGAAUUCUGAAGAAGUGCAAAAGCAUUCAGUUCACACACUUAUAUUUCGUUCAUUAAAGAGAACUCAUGAUAUGUUUGUUUAUCAUCAAUCUAAAACUCCUCCAGAUCAUUAUGAUCCUUACCUCUUUAAAAUGGAUAUAAAGGCGAAAUCAGAUUAUAGUGAUAUAGUUGAAAUUGCCUUAGAAGAUAAAAUCAGUAGAAAUAGUGAUCAACAAGAUCAAAUAAUUCCAUUGCCACCAAGCAUUGAUUCUACUCUUGAAAUUGAAUCAAAGAGCCUUGUACCUCUGGAUUCCAAAAUUAAUAUAAAUCAAAGCAAUGCAAUUGUUUCUAAUAAUACAAAGAAUACUUCAAUAAAUCCCAUGCUUAGAGCACCAAUAUCUAUCAAACCUGUUUGGCACCCUCCUUGGAAAUUAUAUAGGGUUAUUAGUGGGCAUUUUGGAUGGGUUAGAUGUGUUGAUGUUGAACCAGGAAAUGAGUGGUUUGCCACUGGAGCUUCAGAUAGGAUAAUAAAAAUAUGGGACUUGGCUACUGGAACCCUUAAACUUUCAUUAACUGGGCAUGUGUCUGGUGUUAGAGGAGUUGUAAUAUCACCACGUCAACCCUAUUUAUUUUCCUGCGGGGAAGAUAAACAAGUCAAAUGUUGGGAUCUUGAAUACAAUAAAGUGAUAAGGCAUUAUCAUGGUCAUUUAAGUGCUGUAUAUUGUUUAUCGUUGCACCCAACAAUAGACGUUCUGGUAAGUGGUGGAAGAGAUUCGGUUGUUAGGGUAUGGGAUAUGAGAACCAAAGCUUGCAUCCAUAUUUUGACUGGCCACUCAAACACAGUAGGAACCUUAUUUACGCAAGGCACUGAUCCCCAGAUAAUAUCCGGGAGUCACGAUAGUACAAUAAGAUUAUGGGAUAUCUCUUCGGGCAGAAGCAUUUCCACUCUCACUCAUCACAAAAAAAGCGUUAGAGCCCUAGCACCCCAUCCUAGAAUGUACAUGUUCGCCUCUGGUUCUCCUGACAACAUAAAGCAAUGGUCCCUUCCCAAAGGCGAUUUUAUGCAAAACAUGAGUGGCCACAAUUCCAUCGUCAACACGAUCUCAAUUAACGAAGACAAUGUUUUAGUUUCAGGAGGAGAUAAUGGAAGUUUAUUAUUCUGGGAUUGGAAAUCGGGGCAUUGCUUUCAACGCAUGAAAGUCCCCGUACAACCUGGCUCCAUCGAGAGCGAAUCGGCUAUUUUUGCCUCAAAAUUCGAUAUUUCCGCCACCCGUCUCAUAACUUGUGACGCGGAUAAGACAAUCAAAAUGUACAAAGAGGACGAUGAAGCGACCGAAGAAACUCAUCCUCUCAUUUGGAAGCCAGAAUUGUUAAAGCGCAAGCGUUACUAAAUCAGACAAUUAUAAUCAUAUAUUUUAUAAAAUUUAAUAUAUUAUUUAUUUUUAUAAUAUUUUGUUUAGCAAUUAUAUCAUCUCUGUAUAUUGUAUUAAAUUAUGUUCACCUAAAGGUACAAAACAUAUAAAAAGGUA